AACCUGAAGAUAUUUCACCAAAUAUUGAUACAACAAAAAAUAAUAUUUGUAUGAUAUGCAAGGGUGCUAUUAAUCCAAGUAUUAAAGAAGCAGUUACAAUUUUAAAUUGUAAACAUUUUUACCAUAAAGAUUGUAUUAGAGAAAAGUAUCUACUGUAUCAAGAAACAACUAAUGAAUAUGUCAUCAUUUCUACUUCACUUACUGAUUAUACCAAACCUACCAUGUUUACCGAACCUAUUGAACCUCUCAUGCUUACCAAAUCCAUCAAACCUAUUAUUAAUAUAGAAUCUAUCAAAUCUACAGAAUCUAAUAAAUCUACUAAUAGUAUACUUGUUGAAUUCAUUGAACUUUCUACCUCUUUUAUACUAGCAGAAUCUACUAAAUCUAUCACUUCUUUUUUAUUAGCAGAAUCUACAAAACCUAAUGUUUCUGUUAAACCUACUGCUUCUGCUUCUGCAUCUAUUGUGUCAAUUGAAUCUGGUGAAAUAUCGAUAUCUACAACCAA